AUGGCAUUUCCAUUACUCGACAGUCCCCAUUCCUCUUCUAUCCUCCCGAGGUCUUCUCAUCAGAGCCAAUCAGAGCCUAUCUUGGCCGAUAUUCCCUUGAACCUUUCGCCGUUAGCCGUUAAGUCCAAAUCCAAUGCCGGUUUGAGGCCCUUCGGAGUUGAUUUCGGAGUUGGGCUGUUGACCCACUACAUGGCAAACCAUAUCGGAGGUCUCCGAUGGGGCGCCGUUAUCCGAAUGGCCGUCUCUCAUUGA